CUCGUAAGAAGUUCAUAUUUUGUAAGAAUUAAGAAAUACGUAUCGCUUGAUCGAAACGUAUCAAUGAUGAAUGCAAACUUUCACACAAUAGAAGACUGUAAUUAAAAAUAUAGAUAUAUAUAAUAAUUAUACAUUAAUUUUUUUAUUUAUUGUGAACAUUCAUUAUCGCGUUCGUUGUAUUUCUUUUUUUGUCUCAGAAAAUCAUGCGGACGACGUUAGCGAUCGCGUUGGUGUUCGUCACGGGAUCCUUUAUCGUAGCGACCGCGACUAAGGGUAGCAAGUACCCUCAUUUCUUUAAGCAUCGGACGAAGCUCAGAGAGAUCCGCGGCUUCAAACCGGAAUACAUCUCCACGGCAAUUGGAUUCGGGAAGAGAGACGGUCCCGCGGAAGUCCUAUCAGAUGUUAAUGGACGCGACAGAAACCUGUUGUCUAUUCUGAGGAACCUCUCGCAUAUCGCGUCUGCGGAUAGGCUACUCCGACUGAUGCAGACGAAUCCUGCACUGGCUGGUAAAUUGAUGCAGCUAUCGAUGCAAAAUGACCAGAGCGACCAAGGAGAGUCAAUGACGGAACCCUCGAGGCCUGGGAGAACAUUUGAGCUAUUUUAAUCCUUGCGAUCGAACCGCAAACGACGAGUUUUAGAGGGGCGUCCAUCUUUAUAGAUUCUUAGACGAAACGUUCGAUAUAAUAUCCUUGAAACAUAAUAUAUGUUCUUAUAUUUAGCGUUUUAUCGUGUAGACGUCUUUCCUUGUAAUUUCUACGCGACGAAGUAUACGAAGAAAUAACGAGUAAUAGUUCUUUUCUUUUUUUCAUCUGACAACAUAUAGUCGAUAAUAAACUCUGUCGUAGAACAAUGUUC